AUGGAUGACGCCGCGCGCGUCGGCGCGCUCGGCGCGCUCGCGUUCGCGGCGACGGUGUUCAUGUGGGAACGCGCGUGGCGCGAGCGGGUGUUCGGCGCGCGGACGAGCGCGACGACGACGACGACGCGCGAGACGAUGGUGCACGGCGUGGACGUGUCGAGGUACGCGAUUUUUGAUGAACCGGAGGUGCGCAGGGCGUUGGGAUUCGCGACGGGGUGGCACGGCGGACGACGGAGGAAAAAUGGGGAGACGUACGCGAGGCACUGCGUGGAAUCCGCGAAGAUUUUGGCGGCGAAUUUGCCGGGGACGGGACCGAAGAGUCGAGACGCGGUCGUCGCGUGUCUGUUGCACGAUGUUUUGGACGACACGGGGUGUUCGGAGGAGACGCUCAGGGAGGCGUUCGGGCCGGGGGUGUACAAUCUCGUCGUGCAGGUUUCGCGCGUGGGAUCGAUGAAUCAGGUGAUUCGGCGUCGAAGACGCGAUUUGCCAGAGAGCGACGAGAGAAACAAACUCAGCGAAGAAGAUCUGACGCAGUUGCGUAAGAUUUUGUUGCUCAUCGUUCGCGACCCGAGAGUCUUUUUGAUUAAAAUUGCCGAUCGUUUGCACAAUAUGCGAACGUUGUACGCGAUUUCGAGUGAGCAGAAGGCGAUGGACAUCGCAAACGAGACGUUGCGCGUGUGGUGCUCGCUCGCCGAGAAGCUUGGGAUGUGGGCGAUCAAGUCGGAGCUCGAGGAUUUGUGUUUCGCUGUUUUAGAGCCAGACAAUUUUGACUCUGUGCGAGAGGCUCGCGACAAGAUGUGGCGUCCCAUCUAUGAGGACGAGGACGAGGGACUCGACUCGGAAAAUUCGUACGGGUGGCUGUCAAAGAGUUUCGGUGUUUCCAAGCUUCCGUUUUUCAACGCGGAAGAAACGAAUGCAAGCGGUUCGUUCGACUCGGACGACUCGCCGAGCGUGCAAUACACCCAGGCGCAGCUGGCGAUGAAGAUGCGCAUCGAGAGCAUUCCUUCGUUUGAUUGGAUUUCGACUCGAGAAGGAGAUUCGUUGCGAUACGACCGAAUGAGCGAGCUCCCGGAGAGCAUCGCGGCGUCCUUAAACACGUUAGAUGAAGUCCGCGGACGUAUUUGGAGCGAACUCUUGAUGGAUGGAUACGACAGCGAUUUGAACAUCUCCAUGUCUUCGAGGCUCAAGAGUGCGUACAGCACACAUCAGAAGAUGAAGCGCAAGGGGCUUCCGUUCAAUCGCGUGUGCGACGCACGCGCGAUGCGCAUCGUCGUCGGUGAUCCCUCCGCGUCCGCCGGUGGCACAGAGAGAGAAGUCGACGCAUGCUACGCCUUGCUUGAUUUGAUUCACAAAAUGUACCGGCCGAUUGAGGGUGAAUACGAUGAUUACAUCAUCAACCCCAAACAGACCGGGUAUAGAUCCCUGCACACCGCCGUGAACGGGCCAGAUGGUGCUCCCUUUGAGGUGCAAGUGCGCACGCGUUCGAUGCAUGACUCUGCUGAGUUCGGAAUGGCCGCGCAGUGGAUGUACAAGGGUAAGGCAACUUACGCAUCAAAAUCGUACCAGGAUGCGGCACUCACGGACGACGUUCCGGAUGUCGGUGCAGGUGUUCAAUUGGUUUCGUCGGGACGUCGAAGCUGCGGAGUGGUGAUUCAGUCUGGCGGUUCGCGCAUGCUCGUCGCCGAGCCAAAACAAGCGCAAUGGAGCGACGUCGUCGCUUGGAUGUCAGAGGGUUAUCACAAGCAGUUGUUGGAAGAAGUCCGAGAGUCUGGUCUCAUGCUCGCGCGUCAAGGCACGAGUGAAUUUUUCAUCUCUGAGUUCUGCUACUGCGUCGACCAACGCUGGCACCGAGUGGACAACUUGGGUCACAAGACGCGCGUCACGGCUGAAAUCGUCGCCAAACGCCUUGAAAUGAGCAAUGCUGAGUUCGGAGAAGAGUUCGGAGAAGAAAUGGACGAUAUCGACGCGCGUAUUCGUCAGCUUCAAACCAUCGCCGGGGAUCUCUUGAACGACUCCACCGCGAGCAGCAUUCUCCAGGAGACGGAGCUCGGUAACUGGUCGGCAACGGUGCAGGCAAUCAAAAAGCGUGAGCGAGCCAUGCAGGCGCGCCAGUCCCAGGCCGAACGCGAGAAGAGAUGGCGAACCGGUGCCGAGGAAGCGCCGGCGCUGAGCAUUCUCAUGGCAAGCAGCGCGUUGAAGGCUAAGCCGGCGGCGGGAAUUUUCCAAACCGAGGAGGCGGCAAAAUUUGAAGCAGAAGUCGCCCUCAGCAGCCCCAAAGCCAACCACCCAAACAUUGACGUCGAGGACGGUGUCAUGAUCAUCACUUGGACCGACAAUUACCCCGAGCUUCAUAGCAUCAAACGAGGCUCCACCGUGGCGGAGAUCCGUGAGAUCAUCGACAAGAUCCCGGGUGAGAAGCGACUCGCUCCGCCGAAAGUCGAAUCCGAUGAGAGCGUGAACGUCAACAUGGUCAUGGUCCCGCCGACGACCACGCUCAAGGACGGCGACAUGAUUUUCCUAGACAAAAAGACCCCGAUGCAGAUGGAGCGGUGA